AUAUUCAUAAGCGCCAUAGAGCUACAUGCGGCCUCACCCUCGGUCGGUUGUAGACGAGUCUGUUAUCUUUCAGCGACUUUAUCGCCGGUUUCCUUGGACUUUGCCGGACCUUUUCGAAAUUAAGAGAGGAUAAAUAUCAGCAAAGGUCACAUUAUUUGGUUACAACCUGGUUACACGCUUGAUUGACGUGUGGAAGCCACACCCUUGCUUUAAAUCCACCUGCGCUUUCAAAAACUCAUUCUUCUGAAGCGCACAAGGGAUCUGAGCACUCCCAGGGCCAGAAUAAUAGCGGAUAAACCCUCUAUUAGAUCUACCUGAACCGUCCAGCCCAAGAAUAACUACAUCUGCUGCUUUUUUACUGUCUAUACAGAGCCUUAAAGCCUCGUUCUGCAUUUGAUCCCUCCAGGUCAAUAGAAAAGCAAAGAUGAUGCAAAUCUGCGAAUCCUACAACCAAAAAAACUCUCUCUUCAAUUCCAUGAACCGGUUUAUUGGUGCCGUGAACAACAUGGACCAGACGGUCAUGGUGCCAAGUUUGCUGAGGGACGUCCCAUUGGACCAGGAGGAGGAGAAAGAGGUGAACACCUUCCAGGAUGGAGACAUGUACGGCUCUUAUGUGCUCCUCAAAUCAAUUAGGAACGAUAUCGAAUGGGGCGUGCUUCAAGCCGACGAGAGGCGCAAGGACAAGCACGGGGUGACAACGUCCCUGGAAGUGUCUCGCAUCGAACCAAACGAUGAGGACUUGGAGAAGCUGUUUCAUUUUCAUCUAACCGGACUGCACACCGUACUGUCGAAGCUCACCCGAAAAGCGAACACUCUAACAAACAGGUACAAGAAGGAAAUUGGUAUAGGCGGCUGUGGGAAUUGAAACCAACUAGAGUUUACUCCAUUCAUCGCCAGUGGACCGCAAAAAAAAGGAAAGGUUCACAAGAGGGUGCAGCAGGGGUUGAAGCCAAAUGGGCCCCUGGUGGCUUCCGUGCAUUUUUAAUUCCCCGGAUCGAAAAAAAAGACUUGUACCUGACGCCGGUUUACAAGCACCCUUAAUUCCCCUGCUAACAUCCCUUGAUAUUGUUUGCACAAGCUGGAUACUGGCUUGGAAACAGGCUUUUGAAACUAAACGCAUUGUAUUUAAAUAAGCAAACAUUUUGGAAAAGAAGAUAUGCAAAAGACAUUUCAUGGCCUGGUAUGGUAGUUUUGGAGGUUGUAUUAAUGUAGAUUAUAACAGUUUAAGGCUGGGGGUGAGAAUUAAAAUGACUAAUUAUGUAUAAAACGCACAUUUCUACGCUAAAGAGUGGCUGGUACUUUAUCUUUUUAUGGUGCUUAAUUGAUAAUGGAAUCGCAUGAUGGUCCUUACGGAUGUUGACUGAUUCCAGGAGAUUACGUCACAGUUACUGUUGGUAAUAAGGAAUGUUGUCAUGUAUUUUUUUUCUAUCACAAAGAUGGUUCAGAAAAUAAACAUUUUGUAAAUGCAA